AGUCUGCUGAGCUAUCUUGCCGCCCUCCCUCCUUUAAAAAGUAGUAAAGCCUAGCUGUUUCUGAAGAACGCUGGCUGGGCCUUAGGAAGUUCACAUUCUGUGGUGGGCACUCUUGGUUUUCCUUCUCUCAUAUCAAAACAAACAGCAGCCAUUUGUUUGGCUUUCUUCAACCUAGCAGCCAUCACCAGUGUCUGUCAAAUAUGUCUAUCAGCUGUUUUCCAUGGAUUAAGCCAGCCAAUCUCCCAACAGCUCUGUAAGUAGACAGGAUUAAUACUCAGUUUACAGUGAGAAAAAUAUAAAAGCCACAGCUGUACCAGAUGAAAGACCUGAACCAGCAGUCCCGGGCUGGCAGCUGGCUUGGGCGCUGGGGCUCUGACUCCGGGCGCUGCGGCCCCCUCAGCCACUUUGGCAAGGCCUCGUACAGUACAUCACUGAGCCCUCAGCCUGCACUGCAGUGCGCUGCAAUAAACAGCCUCAGGAAAUGAUUGCUAGGUUUCCUGUAGAUGCGGAGAACUCAGAUGCUGAUCAGGAAAUUCAAAUAAACCAGUUCUCCCAGGUCUCAGGACUAAAAAUAACUUCUGAGUUUUCCUAAGCAGUUAGAUGUCUUUUGUCUCCUAGUGGAGACAAUCCUUUAACUCAAUUUUUCAGCUUGAUUUCUAGAAGCUGAAUAAAUCUAAGCACUCCCAUCACAUUGUUCUGUCAGUAUUACCAAGGUGGACAAAAGAUUCCUAUCCACAGUAAUACCACUGUUAUUUCUUUAACUCCCUGUAUAGCAAAGAAAGGGGAAUCUGAAGCCCAGAGCUUUGGAGGUGAUAAUAGCUAGUGGGUUCAUUUUCUUUUUAUUACUUUUGUAAUUACCUGUAGUCAACUGUAUGGGCUUUCAAUUUAUACACGAUGGAAAAGUUCUUUUAAAAAUAAAUUUACGCUAGUAAAAAUUUGAGUUUCUUUAGAGAAAAUGUUAAGUAAAUAGCAAUAGAGUGGAUAGGAAGCCAAACAAAGAAACAAAGAUGAAGAUGAAUUGAGAAAGUGAAUUCAAUCUCCUCUUACUUGGGAGCUGGAAAGAGCAGAGUUAAAAUCAAUGGUCCCUGAUCUCAGAGGUAGGUGGGAGUGGGGGGGGGUCCUUAUCCAUGAAUCUCACCUUCUAAUUUUAUUCAUGGAUUUAUCUUCUGCUUCCUGCCUCCCUUCCCGUGUCCUGUGUCUCCUACCCUCAUCUAGUGGUGGUGGGGCAGAAAAAGUGGAGUGAUCCUGACAGGGUGUGAAAAGACCAGAGUGGCCAGGGGGCCUAAGCCCAGCAUGGACCAGCCAGAGAGCCUAAGACAGCCCAGCUCCUCUGGCUCUCUGGUCCUGGGAAGUUUCAGUUCUUCAAAUCGGGCAGGAACUGCGUUGCUAAAACUGCUUGGACUGCGGAUUCUCUGGCUCCUCCACUUCCCAGCUUCGAAAUCACCGACAGCGCGCUCCUGCAAGACGUGGGAGGGGAUCCCAGAAAGUGCUGGGCAAGGAGCAGGCAGGAGGUGCCCCGGCGCUCCCCUUCCCGGCAGCAGUACCUUGACCUUGGGUGUACGCACCCCCUUUUUUGACUCCUGCGGGCCAGGGGGUCCGAGGGCGGAGAUAACCCGGGAUGAGGACCGCCCGGGGCUAGGAGGGGGCGGGCGGCUCCGGAGAAGACGCCCGGGAGCCGGGAAGGCUCCAGACGCCCGGAGAAGCUCCAAGCUCUAAGAAAGCGGGGCUUGGAGUCGCCCCUCUUUAAGAACUCUGGGGCAGGUGGGGGAGGGCAGCCCCGCUCUCGGUCCUGGGACAGCAGCCGCGGGCGGGAUGGAGGGGCUGGUGCUUGUCAACGCCCUGGCCACCCGGUUGCUGUUUCUGCUGCACUCUCUGGCCGGGGUUUGGCGGGUGACCGUGGUCAUGCAGGAACCGCGCUACUGGCUGCUCGCGCUGCUCAACCUUUCGCUCGUCCUGGAGACCGUGCUCACCCUCAAGUUCAAGCGUGGCAGAGGCUACAAAUGGUUUUCACCAGCCAUAUUCUUAUAUCUGAUCAGCAUCAUUCCAUCAUUCUGGCUCCUUGAAAUGCAUCGUAAGACUCAGGAGUGCAGUAUUCAAUCUGAAAGAAUGGCACAGAACACCAGCAGAAAAGAUGGCUUCAAACAUUCACUGAUGCUCGGUGAAGAAACCCAAGGAGUGGAGGACAUCCUUGAGACGGCCAAAGUUUUUGUCAAUAACCUGUCGACAGUGUGUGAGAAGUACUGGACUCUGGGUCUCCACCAGACUUUCCUGCUGAUGCUCAUCGUUGGCAGGUGGCUGCUGCCCAUCGGAGGCACCAUCACUCGAGACCAGCUCGCAGAGCUGCUGCUCAUGUUUGUGGGGACAGCGGCGGACAUACUGGAAUUCACCAGUGAGACUCUGGACUUGGAAGAUGUGAGGACUAACACCCCGCUGGUCUGUGCCAUCCUCGUAAUAUGGACAUGGAGCAUGCUGCAGUUUCCCCUCGAUCUGGCAGUGCAGCAGGUCGCGUGCCCCUCGUCCGUGGUGGCCCGGGGAUCCCCCAGCCGGUUCUUCUGCCAGUACAGCUCUGACCUGUGGAACAUCGGCAUCAGCAUCUUCAUCCAGGACGGGCCCUUCCUCGCCGUGCGCCUCGUCCUGAUGGCCCACUUCAGCGUGGUCAACCAGAUGCUCGUGUUCUUCGCCGUCAAGAACCUGCUCGUGGUGCUGCUGCACCUGUACCGCUUGGUGGUCCUGGCGUCCGCCUUCCGAGCCUCCCUGCGACGGCAGCCAGAAGGGCCCAAGGCAGAGCGCGGCUGCCUGCGGGGCACCCCUGCGGCUGGGCCAGGGGCCGGGGGCCGGGGCUCGUGGGAGGGCCCGGACGUCCCUCUGCGAGUCUCGCCAGCGGUGCCUGACGCCGCCCACCCUGCACCGUAGUCGCUCGGUUCCGCAGGGUGCAGCCCGGAGGACGGACUUCUCCGUUCUGCUUGGACUCCCCUCUCAUUCGGUUUUCUUUACAUCUUUGCGUAGGAUAGUUUGCAAAGAAACACCAUGACAAGGUGAUCUUAAACCUAAGCCAUAGACUUUCCUUUCUGCAAGGAGAGGAAUGGAACUUGGAUUCUGGUGACGGCUACAGCUUCUCUGUGACGGCAAAGGAGGCCACAGUUGCGCAGUGACUAAGUGAUGUCUUUGUGCAGAACUGUUUGAAGAGCUGUGGACGGGCCGCCGUGGCGUGGACUCGAAGGAGCCAGCGCAAGCUCUCAUGGCUGUUACCCGAAAGUACAAGGACUUCAUCUUGGGCUCCAGUAUGCGACUGUCCCUCGUGAUCUCUUCUUCCGUGUCCUUCUGGCAUCAGAGAGAUGCACAUUCAGUGAAUGCAGCAUGAAUGAGGGACAACGCCUUGCAGUUACCUCGCCGCGGGCCGGCGGCAGUGAACGCGUCCGCGCAGCCCCCGGCUCUCAGAGACCUGUGGUGGGCCACCAGCCCUCGCAGGAAGCCGUUUGGUCACCUGUGGCUGCUGGCAAGGCAGGAAACACCGGUGAAACGCUCACACGGUCACAGUUUCCACUUUGAAUAUCAUUUGAGGUAUGGUCAGCCCCUCAUUACCGUUUUCUACGUUGCUAAAUCGAAUCCCCCGAGCUGAGGCAGGGACGCUCUGGACCGUGGAUGAAGGUGUUCAGGGCCUUCAGGGUGACCACGGUUUGUGGCAUCUGCCUGCAGCAGCGAGCAAAGAUGCAUCUGCUCCAGACUGGCUCUGGAGCUGGUUCUUGGGCCUCCGGCCAGGUCGAUGGAUAUAAGUCUGUCACCGCUGGAGCCGUCGCCGCCGGAGCGGUCGCUGCCGAGCCGUGGCCGCCAGAGCCGUGGCUGCCCGAGCCAUCGCCGCCCAAGCCGUCGCCCCCCUAGCCGAGGCCUGUGCUGAGCGACAGAGGGAGCUCACAGCUGGCCUUGGCAUCAUGGGACUUCAGGCAAUUCACUUCAUCGUCUCUCUGCUGACAUUUCCAUUUGCUACAAUUUAGCCAUUUUGCCCCCUCACACCUCUGUACUUUCCAGGUGGAGGUGAGUCUGGAACUUUUAAAGUUAUUUCUGUUUUUAAAUG